UGUGUUGUUGGCUCAUUUUGUAUACUAUGGCUAAAGCAUAAAUUGGGUUACCAAAAUUGGCUAUCUUUGCACUUGGCAAACAUAUAUAAUUGGGCCAUAGAAAUGUCCAGAUGGUCACGGGUCUCAGAUGUGUGAGCAAUUGUUUACUGUUUAGUAAUGGUGAUGGCGGAUCUCGAUGUAGAAGAAGAAGUCGCGGUAACAGAAACUCAGCUAGAGAAGCUUAUGAAAUGGGAACGUAGGAAGGAUUUUCGAUCUCUUUCCGAUCCACCAUCGGUCGUUUGCUCUAUGUUCGAGAUCCGAGAUAAUACACUCCACAAAUCUUCCGGCGAGUUCGCGGUAUUUCCUCCGGUAAACCACGAGAACCUUUACAUAUCCGUGAAUUCUGUUCAGAAAACUCAUAGCCAGUCAUCGUCACCGCCGUUUCCCUCAUCCCCGUCGGUGUCGUCGUUAUCAUCAUCCUCAUUUUCACCUUCUCAUAGAGAUAACGAUGAUUCGUCCUAUUCAUUCGCAGCCUCAGAUUCCAAUGUAGUGGAUCCACUGAAAUCUGUACCAGAUAGUCCUCGGCCCCCAGCCAGAGCAGCUUGUAACGGAGGAAGAUGGUGGAAUUUGGGACUGCAAGUGUUGUUCUCUAGAAGUAGCAUUUUAAACCGGGGUUUCACUUCAGCUCGAAGGGCUGUAACGAUUGUUCUCUCGCCGUUUGGUAUGGCGGCAAUACUUGUGAUGUUUGCGUAUUUUCGUAGGCGACGAAGAUUGAUUAGAGCACAGAAUGGGGAAGAGCUGAGACGCACCAUUAGAGCGAAAGAUGAGAGAAUAAAUCAACUUCUAAGUCAAAUAGCAGAGAUGAAUCAGGUAUUUGUGGCUAUGCACAAACGUAAUCUGUCCAAGAAUUAGCUGAAAUUAGUAUGUAUCAAUAUUAUGCAGUGUAGGGAUAAUGGUCAAUACGCGCACAUUCAUCAUGCUGAAUGUCGAUGCUCUAAGUCCAUUAACGUACUGUGUAUGCAUGUAGUUUGAAACUCAAUUCUUGCAAAUAUACCACAAAUGGUAGGUUUGUUUAGAUAUGAA